AUGCUCAAGUCGUUCUUCGCGACGCAGGACACGGACGCCGCGCGCCUCGUCCUCUGGUCGAACGGCGACCUCUCCGGCAACGCGAUCCUCGCCAAGUGGCGGCGGCGCUACCCGGGAGCGUUCGAGCUGCGUGUGGUGGACUACGACGCGCUCGCGCAGGGCACGGAGCUGGAGGGCAGCGAGCUCCUGCGCGUGAAGGACGCGCGCGCGUGGAUCGACGGCGACCUCGUGCGGCUGCUCGUGCUGUGGGCGUACGGCGGGGUGUGGGUCGACAUGGACUCGCUGCUCACGCGGGACCUCGCGCCGCUGCUCGAGCACGAGUUCGUCACGCAGUGGGACUGCUACGAUAAGCUGUACGUGCCGUUCAACGGCGCGCUGAUGCGCUUCCGGCAGCACUCGCCGUACCUGUGCGAGGCGUUCCACGUCAUGCUGACCUCGCAGGCGCCGCGCAAGGGCACGACGGACUGGGGCGCGACGCUGUACCUCAAGCUGUGGCGGCGGCUCGUCGCGGCGUCCGUGCCGCCGUUCAAGGUACUCCCGUUCUGCUUCUCGGACGCGCGCUCAUGCCGGCUGGACAACCGCCUGCCGGACCCGUUCGCGGCGGACCCGAAGAACGGGCAGUGGACGCUGGGCCAGGGCCGCGAGGAGGGCGGCGGGCUCGACAAGGCGCUCGGGCGCGUGUUCUCAGUGCACCUGCAUAACCAGUGGGAGAAGGCGUUCCCGCCAGGUGGUUGGGUAGACCGCCUGCUGCUCAGGAGGUACGAGCAGAAGCUUGAGUAUAAGAGGACCGACGGGGAUCUAUAG